AUGAGUUCCGGUGAUAAUUGUAUUGCGGACUGGCAGCACGUGUCAUACUCCUAUUAUAAAUAUGUCCCAUCUCUUGCGGCUGCAGGGAUUUUCAGCGCACUCUUCUUUUUAUCACUUGCCGGCCAUUCCUUUCGCAUGGUCAGAGCAAGAGCAUGGUUUUUGACGCCAUUGGUAAUUGGUUGCUUAUUUGAGUUUGUUGGCUUCGUUGGCAGGGCUGUUUCAGCAGAGCAGAAGCCUGGAUGUUGGACUGAGACACCAUAUCUUGUCCAAACACUAUUUAUAUUACUUGCUCCAGCCUUAUUUGCAGCAUCGGUCUAUAUGUCACUUGGACGCAUUAUUGAGCUUGUCGAUGGAGAAAAGCAUGCGAUUAUAAAGCGAACAUGGCUUACCAAGAUAUUUGUUUGCGGUGAUGUGAUCUGCUUUCUUCUUCUUGCUGGUGGAGGCGGUAUGCUGGCUUCUGCAAAGACCAACAAGGCCGAAUUCGAUGCGGGAAAUAAUAUAAUCAUUGGAGGCCUGGUGUUGCAGCUUCUCUGGUUUGGGCUCUUUGUUGUCAUAGCACUUAUAUUCCACCGUCGAAUGAUACUAGCUCCGACCGCACGAAGUCACCAGGCCGAUAUAAAAUGGAGAAGCUAUCUCCACGCACUCUAUGCUGCAAGUGCGCUUAUCAUCAUUCGAAAUAUCUUCCGUCUUAUCGAGUAUUGCCAGGGCAGUAAUGGAUACUUGCUGACUACAGAGGUUUUUGUCUAUUGUCUGGAUGCCCUGCCAAUGUUCUUGGUUGUUGCUUGGUUUCUUUGGAAAUAUCCCGGAGAAAUGAGCCCUCUCCUUCAAAAGCAGGCCCUUUACAACAAUUCAAUGCACGAGAUCUAAUUUCAUAGAGUCCAAGAUCAAAUUAUAGAGCUACUAGAGCAGAAAGUUCGAGAUACACAUAUGUUACCCGCUUUCUAGCAUAAAAUUGAACUUCUUCUGGGUGUUAUCAAG